AUGCCCCGCAAAGCCGCUCAGCCCAAGGAAGGCGCCGAGGGUGCCGCCGAGCCCCGCCGCAGCUCUCGUAUCAAGGAGCAGCCCAAAGCUGAGCCUGCACCGGCGAAAAAGGCCGCCAAACCCCGCGCAAAGAAGACCGAGGCUGCUGAAGGAGAGGAUAAGCCCAAGUCUACUCGCGGCAAGAAGCGCACCGCCAACGAGGCGGAUGCCGCAGGUGACGAGCCCGCCGCAAAGAAAACUAAACCCGCGUCAAAGGCGGCGACCAAGCCGGCAUCGAAGGCUGGCAGCAAGCCCGCCUCGAAAGCCGCCAAGCCAGCGUCUAAAGCGUCUAACAAGCCCGCCAGUACGGCGUCCACCAAGCCCGCGUCUCGCGCGGGAAGCAAGAAACCUGCCAGCAGGGCAGGCAGCAAGAAGCCGGCCUCGAAGGUGAGCUGA